CCCGCCCCCUCCAUCGCGGGCCGGGCCGGGCCGGGCGGGCAUGGUGUGGCGGCGCCGCGGAUGGCGCUGAGGCGGAGCAUGGAGUGGCCGCGGCUCCGGCUCCGGCUCCGGCUCCGGCUCCGGCUCCCGCAGCUGUUGCUGGCGGGACUGGCCGCGCUCCUGUUCCCGGAGCUCCCAGCCGCAGGCCUGAAGCUCAUUGGGGCCCCUCUGAAGCUGACAGUAUCUCAGGGGCAACCAGUGAAGUUGAACUGCAGUGUGGAGGGAUUAGAGGACCCUGAGAUCCAGUGGGUCAAGGAUGGAGCUUUGGUGCAGAGUGUGGACCAAGUCUACAUUCCUAUCAGUGAGCAGCACUGGAUUGGUUUCCUCAGCCUGAAGUCAGUAGAUCGAUCUGAUGCGGGGCGGUAUUGGUGCCAAGUGGAAGAUGGAGGAGAAACAGAGACAUCCCAGCCAGUGUGGCUUACAGUAGAAGGUGUGCCUUAUUUCACUGUGGAGCCAGAGGAUCUCACAGUGCCCCCUAAUGCUCCUUUCCAACUGUCUUGUGAAGCGGUGGGGCCCCCCGAACCUGUGACCAUCUUCUGGUGGAGGGGGGGCACGAGGGUUGGAGGACCAGCCCUUUCUCCCUCCAUUUUGAAUGUUACAGGGGUGACCCAGAGCACUGUGUUCUCCUGUGAAGCCCAUAACCUGAAAGGUUUGGCCUCUUCCCGCCCAGCCACAGUCUAUCUUCAAGCACUUCCAGCAGCACCCUCCAAUGUAACAGUGACCCGGCUAUCUAGCAACAAUGCCAGUGUGGCCUGGAUUCCUGGCUCUGACGGCCGAGCUCUGCUCCACUCCUGCACAGUCCAGGUAACGGAGGCCCCAGGAGGCUGGGAGGUCCUGGCCGUCGUGGUUCCAGUGCCACCUUUCAGUUGUCUGCUUCGGGGCCUAGAACCUGCCACCAACUACAGCCUACGGGUUCGAUGCACCAAUGCCUUGGGGCCUUCCCCAUAUGCAGACUGGGUACCCUUCCAGACCCAGGGUCUGGCCCCAUCCAGUGCCCCUCAGAACCUCCAUGCCAUCCGAACAGACUAUGGUCUGAUCUUGGAGUGGGAAGAAGUCAUUCCUGAGGGCUCUAGUGAGGGCCCUCUGGGGCCCUAUAGAGUAUCCUGGGUUCAAGAAAAUGGGACUCAGGGUGAGCUGACUGUUGUAGGGACUAGAGCCAACCUGACCGGCUGGGAUCCCCUGAAGGACUUGACAGCCAGAGUGUGUGUCUCCAAUGAAAUUGGCUGUGGUCCUUGGAGCCAGCCUCUGCUUGUCUCCUAUCGGGACCAUGCUGGCCAGCAGGGUCCCCCUCACAGUCGCACAUCUUGGGUACCUGUGGUCUUGGGCAUUCUGACAGCACUUGUGACAGCUGCUGCCCUGGCCUUAAUCCUGUUACGCAAGAGAAGGAAGGAAACACGGUUUGGGCAAGCAUUUGACAGUGUCAUGGCCCGUGGGGAGCCCGCCGUUCAUUUCCGUGCUGCUAGAUCCUUUAAUAGGGAAGGCCCAGAACGAAUUGAGGCCACACUGGAUAGCCUGGGUAUCAGCGAUGAACUGAAAGAUAAACUGGAGGAUGUGCUGAUCCCGGAGCAGCGAUUCACCUUGGGCCGGAUGUUGGGCAAAGGGGAGUUUGGCUCAGUGAGGGAAGCCCAGCUGAAGCAGGACGAUGGCUCCUUUGAGAAAGUAGCAGUGAAAAUGCUGAAAGCGGACAUCAUCAACUCCAGUGACAUUGAAGAGUUCCUCCGAGAGGCUGCUUGCAUGAAAGAAUUUGACCACCCACACGUGGCCAAACUUGUUGGGGUGAGCCUUCGAAGCCGUGCCAAGGGCCGCUUGCCUAUCCCCAUGGUGAUUCUGCCCUUCAUGAAGCAUGGGGACCUACAUGCUUUCCUGCUUGCCUCCCGAAUAGGAGAAAACCCUUUUAACCUGCCCUUGCAGACACUGAUCCGAUUCAUGGUGGACAUUGCCAGUGGCAUGGAGUACCUGAGUUCCCAGAAUUUCAUCCACAGGGACUUGGCUGCUCGGAAUUGCAUGCUAGCUGAGGACAUGACUGUGUGUGUGGCUGACUUUGGGCUAUCUCGGAAGAUAUACAGUGGUGAUUAUUACCGGCAGGGCUGUGCCUCCAAAUUGCCCGUCAAAUGGCUAGCCCUGGAAAGCUUGGCUGAUAACCUGUACACAGUGCAUAGUGAUGCGUGGGCAUUUGGUGUGACCAUGUGGGAGAUAAUGACUCGGGGACAAACACCUUAUGCCGGUAUUGAAAAUGCUGAGAUUUACAACUACCUCAUCAGUGGGAACCGUCUGAAGCAGCCACCUGAAUGUCUCGAGGAAGUAUAUGAGCUCAUGUACCACUGCUGGUGCUCAGAUCCCAAGCAGCGCCCUAGUUUCACAACACUUCGGAUGGAGCUAGAGGAGAUCCUGGGCCGAAUGUCUGUUCUCUCUGCCAGUCGGGAUCCUCUCUACAUCAACAUCGAGAGGGCUGAGGAGCAAGCAGAAGGGGGUGGCCAGCUGGGUGGGGACCAGACUAUCAGUGGGGAUGGAGAUAGGAACGGUAAUGAUACAGGACCAGUAGGUGGUGUUCCCAGUGACUAUCGGUAUAUCCUUAGCCCUGGAGGGCAAGCUGAGCAGUCUGGAGAAGAGCAGCAGUCAGAGGGGGCCUGUGGGGAGGCCCAGAGGCGGAUGCUACUCUAGCAGGAGCUGUUGGCACAUAGAGGCUGUUAGCCUAACAAAUGGAUUGGCAUCCUUUGGGGGGGUAAGGGGAAGUGUCUGGCUGGCUUGGCUGGCUAGGCUGGCCAGCAAAGCCCCAUCCCCCCUUGAUCUUAGCCCAGUCAGAAGUGUGGGGGCUCCUGUGGUAGUCCCUCCCAAACUGUGUUGGGGACUGGGCUUUGGAAGCCUGAUAUGACCAAAUCACCCAAUCCCAGUUCUUCCUCCAAUCACUCUGGGUUCAGCCAGCCUGGCACAGGCUCGUGACUAUUUCAUUCGGGUGGGGGGAGGGGGGGAGGUAAGGCAGGCCUAGUUGUCUGGACACUGGCAGCUGGUACUCUGUGGUUACAUUCCCAUGGUUACGAUGGGUGGGGGCCAGGAAGGAGAGGAGAUAAGUGGCACUAUUCACCCCUUCCCUCCCCAGUGGGCUAACCCUGCUGCUUUAGUGCAUGUGCUGAGCCACCCCCUACCUGGGGAGGCAGCUCUGCCCACACCACUGGUUUUUAAUUCUCUAGGCCUGGCUUCUUCAAGGUACAUAGAGAUGGAUUUACAUUACACUCAUGCAGGUAUGAGUUGGUAGAGAGGUUGGUAGGGCCAACCCCUCUCACCCUAUAGGUGGGAUUGAAUGUCGGUAUACUCAGGUCUGAAUAACCCUUUGUCAGCAGGACCGUGGGGCUACCCUGCCAAUGGCCCAUCCCUGUUGGGUGCUGCACACUCCCUAGGUCACACCUAUGCAGAAAGCUAGAGUACAUCAGGCUGCCAGGUGCCCUUCCCUUGAAAAGAAGGGGAGCGAUGGGGCCUGAGGAAGGAUUGGUGGGACCAGAUGUGUCUGGUCCUAUAAGGGAUGGCAUCCUCUUUCCACUAGUGAGGGAAGCACCCUCCACUGUCUGUUUGGAGCAUGCUACAAGAAUCCUAAUCCCACUAACAAAGGCAGCUGUGUCUAAGCCCAGAGGGUUUUCUGGUCCCCUUCUUCCUUCCCUGCUGAGUCCCUCUAUCCUGACUUUGCCUUUAACAGAAGCUUUCUCUUUUUGCCGGCUCCUAUUCAGAGCUACUGAAGUGGGAGGAAUUGAGGCCAUGGGGCUGGUUUUGAGGGAAGGGGUUAGUAUUGAUUGCUACCAUUUCCAUGGCAGAGACAGCUGUGGGGGAAAUGGGGGUGACAGUAGUCUGCCUUGGGGAGGGUGUUUCCAGGCUGUUAGAUGCCAUUUAAACACAGAAAUAAAAACAAACCUCAGAAUAGCCA